AUGUUGGACUUACUCUCCAAAGAUCGAAUAGUCAACGAGGCAGGCCUCAGAACCGCCUUGCGCCACCUGGACACAAUUUCAAGUUCAGGAGCAACCGCAUUACAAGCUACGAUCAAACAUAUGUCGUCAUCACCCCAUGUUUUUGCAUAUAUCAUUUCUGUUUGGGAUCGCCGUGAGGCAAUGAUCUCACGGAUCAUGACAGACUUUCCAAGAAUAUCUCAAGAAUAUCCAACAUCCGUUGCGAGAACGAUGCUAGACAAUCUGUCUAUGUACUUUUUAGACUUUCCAGCUGAGCCUCUAGCGAUGGAUGUCUCUAGGGACAUCAGCCGCCACAGAGGCUUCAUCGAGGACGCUUUACCUGUACUCUGCGCGUUGAACACUAUGAAAUUUUCUGGUGCAGGGUCGUUUGAAGACGAGAUCGAUCUCUUCGACCAACCUGAUGAUGGAUUCGUCAAGAAGAAAGUUCCUCAGAAAAUGUACAAGUGUAAUCGCCCGAAAGUUCAUACGUCUAUCGACGCAUCUCUCUUCCUGAGGCUUGAUGUGGGUGUGCCUCUCACGAGCGAGGCUGCCGCAUCAUUGUCUACUCACAUUCUUAUGAAGCUGAAAAAUACUUUCUCGUUCUAUCUCUCGCUUCUGCGGAGGACGGAAUUGGCAGGCGACAUCAAAGCUUUACUCCUCCCAAACGUGGGUGAGUCUGCCAAAGAUGUUGCACCUGAAGUUUCGUCAACCGAGGAUGUCGAGAGCCCAACAACCCGACCCAAAGCGUACCAAAUGGUGCAGCCUAUGAAGGCUGCGCUUUACUUUGAGAACGCGGACGGGUUCGGAGAGUGGCGAAUCCUCAUAUCUACGGAAGCCUACAAAAAUUUGCGUGAAUUACGUAAAUCAGAAAAGAAGAUAUUCAAGAUUAUCGUCGGGAAGAUCAAACAGCUAUCAAAUGGUCAUUUUUCAGAUGAUAAUCACAAGCGACUUAACGGACCAGAUGCAGGCAUACCCAUCUACGAUGCCAAGAUGACACAGGACCUACGAUUAGUUUACCAGAUUGAUUGUGUCCCUGACCAGGAUGGAAAGUCCGAAAGACAAGUAAUCAAGAUAUAUGGCAUUUAUACGCAUGCACAACUUGACAAAAUAUGGGAUGCCUUGGGUAGCCAUCUCGCACGCAACGGCAGAGAAUAUCGUAGAAGUUUGGAGAAAUAUGUCACAUUCUCGCAAGCGUUCCUGCAUAGUCUUAUCGCAAACCAAGACGUACAGCAUGUCUUUAUACUCAAACCUCAAGAACAAGAGAUUGUCGAGUGUACCACGUCAUGUUACGUCUUGGGUCGCAGUGGCACGGGAAAAACCACGACGAUGCUGUUCAAGAUUCUCGGUAUUCAGCGAGCUUGGGAGAUGAGUGCCGCCGACAUGCCGAAGCCACGCCAAAUCUUCGUCACCAAAUCCAGAGUACUCGCUACGAAAGUGGAAGAGUAUUUCACGAAGCUUCUCGAAUCUCUGGCAUUGGCAGGCUAUACCCUGGAGGAACUUGCAAAAAUGAAGGCACGAAGUGUCCAGGGGGGCCUUGUUGAUCCCGACGACCUGCCCGAAUCACAGAUGAAUAUACCGAUGAGAUAUAGCGGACUUAAGGAUAAGCACUUUCCUCUUUUUCUAACUUUCGAUCGACUGGCGAAAAUGAUCGCGGCAGAUAUCUUGGACAAGAAAGAUAGCGCAGGAGCUUUCUUCAAUGUUGACAAUGCCGACGCGCAUGACUGCUUCGUCACCUAUAACGUAUUCGUAAAUCAAUACUGGCCUCAUUUUCCACAGAAUCUCAGCAAGAAUCUUAAUCCGUGGUUGGUUUUUAGCGAAUUCAUGGGGAUCAUCAAAGGUUCCGAACACGCACUGACCUGUCCUGAAGGAAUUCUCGAUCGCCCAACCUACCUCCUUCUUCCUCAUCGUUCUAACCCUAAUUUUGCGAAUAAGAGGGGAAUUAUGUACGACAUGUUCGAGUUUUAUACGAAAAUGAAGAGGCAGCGAGGUCAUCAUGAUGUUGCAGACCGCACGCAUGCAAUACUCAAGGCCUUUCGGAGCAAGAAGUUCCCUGUCCAACAGAUCGAUUAUCUGUAUGUUGACGAAGCACAAGACAACCUUCUGAUCGACGCACUCCUUUUGAGGCAAUUAUGCAAGAAUCCAGACGGUUUGUUCUGGGCUGGGGACACCGCACAGACAAUCUCUGCAGGGAGUUCCUUCAGGUUUGAUGAUCUGAAAGCGUUUCUCUACCGUGUUGAGCAGCAAAAUAUUUCGGUCAAUUCCGCUGGAGCAUGUCUUCGUCAGCCUGCGAUGUUUCAAUUGGCGAUCAACUACAGAUCGCACGGUGGAAUCGUCAACUGCGCAAGUUCUGUGAUCGAACUCAUCACAAAAUUUUGGCCCAACACAAUCGAUAACCUUCGACCGGAAAGGGGGGUGGUUGACGGGCUAAAGCCUGUAUUUUUAACUGGUGGGGAUAAAGACACUGUUCGUUAUGAACAGUUCUUGUUUGGGGAGAGCGGUAGCCAUAUUGAGUUCGGAGCUCAGCAAUGCAUUCUCGUGCGUGACGACGCAGCCCGUCAGAAGUUACAAGACCAAGUUGGUGAAAUUGCACUAAUUAUGACGCUUUAUGAGAGCAAAGGCCUAGAAUUCAAUGACGUGCUGUUGUACAACUUUUUCGAGGAUUCUGCUGUAGAUUUGUCACGAUGGAGCAUAGUUCUCAAUGGGGUAGACGGUCAAGGAUAUGCACCGAACUUUGAACGAGACGAGGCGCGAUACGCUGGGCUCAAACUUCUGUAUGUGGGAAUCACUCGAGCAAGGAAGAACAUAUGUAUCGUUGACAAAUCUGACAAAUCAGAGCCGAUGCGUGUAUUCUGGACGUCUCGUAACCAGAUCGAUAAUUGUAUCCCCGGCACCGAUGUCCCUCAUCUGGCCGUCUCCUCGACUCCGGAAGAAUGGGCAUCCUUCGGGCACUCACUAUUCUCGGACAAGCACUACUCGCAGGCUAUCUACUGCUUCAAACGUGCUAAUCUUCGUCAUGAAGUGAAGGUUUGUGAAGCAUAUCAACUACGAGAAGUCGCACGUUCUAGUGUCGGAGUGGCCUUACUCAGCGACCAAAAAAAAGCUUUUAACGUGGCUGCCGAUUCCUUUACUGAUUGCGCGGCGACCGCGCCAGAAAGUCAGAAGCUCCAAUACUAUCGUAACUCGGCAGAUUGCUACGUUCGAGCAGGAGAUGAUCUUAAAGCUGCUAAGGCCUAUCUCAAUGCUCAAGAGUUCGAGCAAGCAGCGAAGAGAUAUCGCAAGGCUGGACGGUUUAACAAGACCCUCCAUGUCCUCAAUGACCAUGGCACGGAUAUACCUGAAGAGACCAAGACGGAGUUAUGGACUCAAUUGCGCAGGGCUCCCUUGCCCCUCUUCCCAACAUUUGAAGAGCAACUCGAAUUUCUGGAGGACUAUGAUCUCGAUUACGCUCGUGCCUCACUGCUUGAAUCUCACUCGAGGUACUAUGAGGCCGCAGAGCUUCAUUUGUCAGAGAAUAGGCCCUUGGAAGCUGUUCGGGCAUUCAUCAAGGACGACAGCAAGGACGAUUCUACUAGCCGCGCGGCCGAUACUAUAUUGGAAUACUUUUGGCGCAAAUGCUCCUUUAGAAUCACUGCAAAAUCCGUUGCUGAUGAGCCAAUGCAACAUUUCAUUGCUCUUGCUAAUGAGCUGGAGACGAACAAACUAACGCCGGCCACGCGUGAUCUAAUAUCGAUGUUUCAGAACAUCUUGCGCGGAAAUCAUGAGCCGUUGAAAAAUCUUGCGCUUAACUUCUAUAAACAGGAUAACAAGCCAGCAGCUCUCCUUUGCCUGGACCAUAUAUUCUCUCGAACCAUAGAUAUUCGAGCUUUCACGGUCGAUGAAAUGCAACGGUUCCUUCAACAAUUUCACGCAUAUGCGCGGCUGCUCUAUCUUAUUUUGGCCUUCCCUGACCCCAUGGAGCAUAGGGGUAUUCAGAGACUAUUCUCCAUCGUGCGGUUGUCCGGUGACCAGUUUCUCAUACCAGAUGGAACGUUCCUCCACAACAGCUUAAUGGAAAUCCGCCCAAGGAUCACGGGGGUAUCGGAACAUUCGUCCGGGUACACAGCUUCUCGUAGAGUCAUCACCCAGCUGCUACAACAAUCCAUUCGAAUGAUCUUGAAAGACAAGAUAUCGGAGAUCGAUGAUAUGUGCUGCAAAUCUCCCGUUUUCUCGCAAUGCCUGCAAUUCUUGAUAUCCGGAGUAUGUCGAAGAGAUAACUGUCCCCAAGAGCAUGUUACGGUAUCGAAAUCGGAUCGCCACUAUUACAACAACCGUGUUGCCAUCCACAUUUGGCAAAUCCUGAUCUUGCAAUUCAUGUAUUCCGCUCACCCAUACAUUGAGCGACGCAAAAGCAUGCGAAAUUGGCUCAAGCAUCUUUAUGAGGCCAUCAAUCCACCCUUCUUCAUUCAAGGUUCCCCCGCGGAACUUGAUAUGAACCUGAUGCCUCUUCGUGCAGAUGGCAUGAAGGUGGUGAAGCUCUGGAUCCGCGAAUCCUUCUACUCGCUCGACCCAUUCCAUACCCAGGCUGAAUUUUUGACGGCAUUGAUGAGAAUAACCAGUCUUAGUUUUGCUUUUGACAGGAAUGACGCACCUGUCUACAUCCGUCAAGCAAAGUGUACGAUUUCCGGACCGUCGGAACUCUUUCGCAAGGGUGACAAUCGCUAUAUGGUUCAGGACCUGCUUAGUUCUUACCAAGGAGCGACCCGCAGCAGCAUCUCAUCGGGGAUUCUGUAUCUUUUGCAUGUUCUCGACAAUCGCGUAUGUGUUAACCUCUCCGUGUUGUGCGACUGUAUCGAGGACGUUUGCGGCGCUUUUGUAAUCAAGUACAGAAUGGACCCCGACUUUAACAGGUUUCCACUUCAUAACACCGUCCUUCCAUGUAGCUGGCUACUGUUUCCCCACAAAUUCACUACGGAGAAAGAAACUAAGCUGCCGUUGAUGGACAAGCUUCUGGAUGAGAUUGCGAGGGUAGUGGAAGCAUUGCGCGUAGAAGCCGGCAUGGCUGCAGGGUUCUCUGCCUUAGUACGUUUAUUGUCUCUUUUCAAGAACCCAUUCGCUGCUGAGUUGUAUUCAUUAGUUGCUCAUAACAUCAGGAAACCCUUCAUCAGAGUUAAAAUAUACAAUAUCAUUCUUUCUCUGCACAAAAACAACCCUCCUUCGAAUUGGCGUUCAGCGAACUACCGGAAACUUGUGGAUGACGUGGUUAGGUACAUGACACCCUUGCCAGGACGGGCGCCACUCUCAGAUGCUUACCUGCGAGCUCUCCUGGCUUUCGACGAUAAUACAGGAGUCGGAAACCUGGUGCAUCUCGUCCACAAAAUGAUGGACCAGCGUACCCGAGUCUAUACUAGCAUAGGCCGAAGGCUUGUAUACGAGAAGACCACGGAGAUCCCCCAUCUCCUUUCAUCGUACGCAGUGAUCGCACAGUCUACCCUGAGAGUAGAGGCCCCUGCCUUCGUACCUGGUGUAGGACAUUGCAAGGACCGACCAGAGGUCAUGCAGCGUGAUGAGAAAGAGAGCACGGAACCACAACCUCAAGAUCUCGAAGGAGAAGAAGAAGGGGAAGAGGAUGUCACAGCGAAUGCUGAUAUCGAGACCCGUGAUGCGUCGGAGACUUUGGAUGAGGCGGUGGCGUUGCUUGCACCUGAUCUUGACGAGUCGCUACGCACCAACGGACCAUCGGUAGCGGAGGAAGAGGCGGCUUGCAAAAUUCAGAACACAUACCGCUGUUACGUCAGACGCCGCUCGAGUCGUGCAGUCAAUGCCGAAAUCGAUGCGAUGUUUAUGACAUGCCUGAAGGAGACGCAGUCCCCUGAAUGGCGUCGGGGUUAUUACGGCUUCCUUUUCCUUGGACCGUUGCCUCACCUUCUGGUGUGCUUGGAACGAGGCAUUGCUCUGACUCGCGCUGCCAAAGCGAAGACGAAAGGCCUUUUCAACAAGGAGUCUCAUGAAAAGCUUGAGGAGUUGGGCAAGCAGAGAAGCGAGCUAGCGGCGCUCCUCAGGAAGGGAUUGAGAUUACGCAGACAACUGGAACCUUCCUCACCCUCUCAUCGUGACCGUGGCAUCGAUGCACUGAAAUCUGGUGUUCUAGAGGUCGAUGAAUUCAUGCAGGGGGUUCCCGGCAACAUGAAAGACAUGCAAUUCGACUUUCAAUUGGCCUAUAAAGGCAUUGUCGCAAAGAAGAUUUCUUCGGGAAAGGAGAAAGAGAGGCCUGCUCUCAAUGUCGAGGAUAUGAACGACUGUUGA